GCGUCUGUCACAGUCACAACCACUUUACUGGUAUUCAGCACGGGGUAUGGCGUCCUUCUGGUUUGGUUAACCCAACGGCUCGCUCUUCGCCGCGACCUCUUGCAGUGCCAAACGCUGACAGCAACUCAUGACAAGUCUGGGGCGUGAAACGGUCUUGGGGCAGCUGUAAAUACCCUUCGGAAUCAAUGCGAGGUGUCAGCUGCCCCACGUGGUGUGUUCCUCGUCACAAUUUAUCUGGGAGGGAUUACUAUUCUCCAUGUCACCUCGGGUGCAUGAUUGAGCCUUGUGCCGUUCGACAACACCUAUGUGGAGAAUGUACCCACACAGUAUGGGAUGCUGAACUUGGUGGACUUACCUCUUAAUUCUUCCUCUUGGAACACUGCCACAGCCCUCAUCCGAUCAAUUUCAGGGUAUCCUCAACUAGACACAACCGGGCUGAAGGGUGCUACCCUGUAUGAGACGUUGUCAAAGUCGUCAGAGAGAUUAGGCUAUGGGAAUGCUACGGUUGCUGCAGUUACAUUCGGUGCACAAUGCUACUCUCUCUCUAAUAUCAGUGCUACGAUGAAUCCCGAGCAGAACGGGAGCUAUACUAUAUCGAUGACUGACGGGAACCAACUCCCUGUGUCCUAUUCUCCAGUCUACGGUCUCUAUGAGAACGUGACCAAUGUGCUCUAUGCAUACGUACCGCCUCCUAUUUUGGAUGCAAAUCUCGACAGUGGAUCAACUUUUAACAUGACUGAGACUCGCCACUCGUCAAAUGGUUUAAAUGAUACCGAAAUCGUGAUAAUCCAAGCCAUGACAUGCGUUCUAUCGCUAACGAGCCAACAAGCAACUAUUAGUGCCUCAACGAGCGCGCUCCUCAGUGUCAACCCCGUAUCUCCACCUCCCAACUCGACGUGGCUUCCUUGGCAGAUAAACUCAACAGGGAAUCCUGACCCCCAACUAGAUUGGGUAAACCAAGUAUUUAGUACCCGCGACAAAUGGUCAUUUUGA